AUGCAGAAAGACGUCAAAAUCUAUGUUGGAGUUGAAUGGAUUUUCUUGCUUAUCAUCGCCGUUGCAUCCUCAUUCUUGGCAAUACCAACGACCCAUACAUCAGCUUUAAUCCAUGGUGGCAAAAAGAUAUCCAUCAAGGAUUUGGUACUGAGGACAGCCAGAUCAUUGAAAAGGCCAUUUGUUACUUGUUUCUACAUCACUCUCUUUGGUCUUAGUUACAUCUUUCUUUGCUUGGUCACUCUGCUUCCACUUGUUCUAAUUCUUGGAAGUGAAGUCACCUCAUCAGUUUUUGCUAUCCUGCUCACCAUUUCAGCUAUGGUUUUCUACACUUAUUUAUCCGUUGUUUGGAAUCUGUCCCUUGUUAUUUCCGUAGUUGAAGAACCAUUCGGGAUCGAAGCACUUGGGAAGGCUGCACAGACUGUCAAAGGCAUGAAGUUACUAGGGUUUAUAUUGAAUCUUCUGUUAACUAUAUUACCUCUAAUACUGUUGCAGUGUUUAAGGUCGAUCAUGUUAAAGCAAUCGGUAGCAAUCCUAAUAGUUAUCACGUUGCUACUAUUGAAUUCAAUCUGGAUGGUGAGGAUGUUUGGCCAUACAUCAUACACUGUUUUGCAUUACCAAUGCAAGAAGACUGAUGGAGAAGAAGUUGAAUUGCAAGCAGAUACGGAAUACACCAAAAUACCCACUGUCCCACUUAUUAGUGAAAACAUUCCAUGAUGAAUCAGGAAAGUUUCCUGUAUAUAAAUCAAAAGUCAUGUAAUGCUUAUGCUUUUUACCAUUCCGUUUGCUAAUAUUGUGCAGUAAGUUGCCAUUCCAAA